ACAUGGAUCUACAUGUCAAUCUGAUAAGAUGCUAAUACAUGUUCAAAUAUGUUUACACAGACUCAACACUCAGGAUUGUGCUCGUGGGACACACAGGAGCUGGCAAAAGUGCAUCAGGAAACACCAUAUUGGCAGACAAAGCAUUUAAAGUGGAAUGUAGCUCAAAUGCUGUGACUAAAUUUGGCGAGAAAAAACAAGGGAAGGUGGAAAACAAAGAUGUCUUAGUGAUAGAUACACCAGGAAUAAAUGAUACAGAAAUGACUCAGGAAAAGCUUAAAAGUGAGAUAGGAAGGUGUAUUGAAAUGUGUGCUCCUGGGCCACAUGCACUCUUGCUGGUAAUUAGGUUUAACAGAUUUACAAUGGAACAGCAGGCUGCAGUAAAGUGGAUCCAGGAGAACUUUGGAGAGGGGGCUUUGAAGUACACAAUUGUGCUGUUUACCGGAAAAGAGGAAUUGGAUGGCAAAUCUGUCGAGAAGUUUAUCAGUGAAAACCCUUGCCUUCAAAAACUUGUCAAAAAGUGUGGAGACAGAUACCAUGCUUUCAACAAUAACGAUAUAUCAUCCCUACAGGUUAGAGAGCUGUUCAGUAAAAUAGAAAACAUGAUGAAAAUCAACCAUGCAGACUGCUACACAAAGGAAAUGUACAAGAGCACACAUGAUCUUAUUGCACGGAGAGAGAAGGAAAGAAAAGAAAAGAAGAAUAAAAGGGAUAGGGAAACGGAAAAAGAGAAAGAGAAAGCUGUUCUAUGGAAGGGUGUCGGGGCUGUUGCUGGGGCUCUUGCUGGGACUGCUACAGGAGCUGUGAUUGGAAGUGUAGCAGGCCCAUAUUUUGGAGGAGCAACAGUGGUGGUACAAGUAGGAGCAAAAGCAAUGACAGCAGCGACAGCAGCGACAGCAGGGUCAGCAACUCUAGGCGCAGGUGCAGGAGGAUUAGCUGGUUAUGGACGUGGGCCAAAAAUUCGCCAAUUGUACAAUGGUCUUCACAAUGGCGUUCUAAACCUAGUAAAUGACAACUCGGCUGAAAAAGAAAAGACUGACUAUGAAAUGUAAUCCUUUACUUGUUGGUAUUCUCUGGUGUCUUCGAACAUGUUUUGGGAAUCUAGGGUUAGGGUUAACAUGCAAAUAUAGAUGGUUUGAAGUGCUUCAUUGCAAGACCAAAUGACAAAAGCAGAUAGCACAAAUUUAACAAAAAUAUUUGUUUUAUUCUUUGGAUUUGUAAUACUGGUAGGUUUGACAUAAAAAAGAUGGAAACAUCACAAACAUGACAUUGUGUCAAUCCAAAACCAUGUCCAUUCCCCAGUAGUACAAAAUAAAUAAUUAAAAAAUAAACUCUAUUUUUUUCCGUAA